AUGAUAGAUAAUUAUUCUGGAUUCUUUCAAGAGUGCCAUUAUGAGAACAAAUUUUCUCAUUCACUCUACAAUGGAUAUAGCUAUUUUUUCAACAAAGAGUACCUUCGCUAUAGGCCCUUGUACAUAGCAAUUGCAACAGGCGAUUUUGGUCUCACGAAAAGUCUCCUUGAUCAAGCUCCAGACUCUGUUAGAGCCAUAAUUUCAACACAGGGAGAAACUGCACUUCAAUUUGCUAUUGUAAAUGGACACAUGAAAAUUGCAAAGGAGCUUUUGAGUAGAAUGCAACCAGCUGACUUGGAAAUGGUUAAUGACUAUGGAUGCACAGCCCUUACUCUUGCUGCAAUCAGUGGUGAAAAAAAGUUGGAAAGGGCAAUCGUGGAAAAAAAUGAUAGUCUACUUAGCAAGGAAAAUCAACUUUAUGAUGGGCCGCUUCUUGUCAUCGUGGCUGCUUUGUAUGGUCACAAGCAUAUGGUUAAUUAUCUAUACUCGGUGACACCAAAGGAGUUAUUUAGUCCAGAGGGGGGUAAGAAUGGUGCUACACUGAUUAAUUCCCUGAUUAGAGCAGAAAUGUAUGGUAAGAUUGUGGAUGUAAGAGGCAAUAUACCAAUCUGCAUCAAACCCUUCUUCAAUAUAUGUGCCCCUAACCCCUUUCUGAUUGCUACAGAUGUUGCUUCAAUGCUACUUCAACAAUAUCCAAAACUUGGUGUCACCCCAGAUCAUAAUGGUGACUAUGCUCUCCAGUUACUGGCUCACGAGCCAUCUGCAUUUCCUAGUGGAACCAAACUUGUUUCCUGGAAAAGAUGGAUCCAUUCAUGUCUAAUGGAACAUUCUCCAUUGGGAAGUCCAACAGAUUCUGCUAAAGAUGAUCAGACAACAAAAGCAAGCAUGAUUGGAGACCACAGCAUUGAGAUUCAUCAUUCUAGUGAUGGUGAAACGAAUUGGACAGGAAAUCGAGGCCUACAGAUUACUAGCUUUGUACUGAAGGUUUUGCAUGGACUCGGUUGGAGCAUAUUAAGUUGCCUCGGUUUGUGGCAUGACAGGAAAUUGAUUCAUAAAGAUGCCAUUCAACUCCUGAACCUCAUAUUUAAGGAAAUCCGGAAAUUGAGCAUGAAAGACCUUGAAGAGAUGGUUAUCGAUAAAAUUUUGUAUGAUGCGAUUGAGCAUGGAAUCAUUGAGUUCGUUGAUAAAAUUUUCAAAUAUAGGACUGGAAUCAUACAUAAAAGAGACGGAAAGGGCAGAACACUUUUUUCACAUGCAAUUGUGCUUCGCCAAGAGAAAAUUUAUAGCCUUAUAUACGCAUUGGGAACAAGAAAGAGCGUGCUGGCACGUAGGCAUGAUUUUUUCCAAAACAAUUUCUUACAUCUAGCAGCCAUGCUGCCUCCACAGUCUCAACUUGACAAGGUUUCUGGAGCAGCUCUUCAAAUGCAAAGGGAACUACGAUGGUUUCAGGAAGUUGAGAGUAUUCUACCACUAAGGAUGAAGAAAGAAGUGAAUUCUAAUGGUAAAACACCUUCUGCCCUCUUCUCUGGCGAGCAUAAGGCAUUGGCUAAGGAGGGAGAGAAAUGGAUGAAAAAUAUUGCAGGAUCAAGUAUGAUUGUGGGAACUCUCAUCGCUGCAGCCAUGUUUACAACGGCUUUCACAGUUCCAGGUGGUAAUGAUAAUAAAACAGGGCUCCCUGUCAUGAUAGGUACUCACCAAAAAGCCAUCUUGUUUCUUAUGGCAUCAAAUGCAGUGUCAAUGUUCACUUCUACAACAUCGAUUCUGAUGUUCUUGGGGAUUCUCACUGCACGUUAUGCAGCAAAAGAAUUUCUCAAGUCCUUACCUACAAAGUUAAUAUUUGGGAUCACAUUUUUGUUCGUCUCGAUGGUCACCAUGACGGCAUCAUUUGGUACUGCUAUAUAUCUGACGCUGAUCGAACAAGUAGCUUGGAUUUCCUGCCCAAUCAUUGUUUUCUGUGCGAUUCCAAUAGCCCUUUACUCAUUGCUGCAAUUCCCUCUCCUGGUUGAGAUGAUCAGUCGCACUUACGGACAUGACAUCUUCGACAAACCUAAAGAGAAACCCUACAGUUUUGAAACCUGA